AUGGGGGCUGAGAAUUUCACUUUUGUCAUGGAGUUCACCUUGGAAGGAUUGUCCAAACACCGCAAGACACAGGUGCUCCUCUUUGGGGCCAUUCUUCUGAUCUACUCAUUGACCAUCGUGGGGAAUCUAGUGGUCAUCCUGCUGGUGCGGUCUGACUCCCGCCUCCACACCCCCAUGUACUUCUUCCUCGCACACCUCUCAGGCGCCGAGAUCUGUUACGCCACCAGCACGGAGCCACAGAUGCUGACUCACCUCUGGGAUGGGAAAGGAAUCCUGUCCUUCGCCAGCUGUGUGGCCCAGAUAUUUGUCGUAUUGUUUAUGGGCACUGCUGAAAACUUUCUGCUGGGAAUCAUGGCCUAUGACCGCUAUCUGGCCAUUUUCCAUCCUCUCCUGUACGCCGUCACCAUGAGCAAGUGCUGCCAAUGGAAGCUUGCUUGUGCAUGCUGGGUGUCAGCCUUCCUUUUCAGUCUGACAUACAUCUGUUGCACCUUUAGUCACUCGUACUGCGGUCCCAACUACAUUGAUCACUUUAUCUGCGACAUGCCCUUGGUGUUGAAACUGGCAUGUGACAACACCCACGUCACACAGACUAUCAUAUCAGUGAUGGCAGGGCUGGGCCUCAUGAUUCCCAUUUCUCUUAUCAUGACCUCCUACGGACUCAUCCUGUUUUCUGUGUUAAAAAUGCGCUCAGCCUCCGGACAGCGUAAAGCCUUCUCCACGUGCGCUUCCCAUCUCAUGGUCGUUACUGUUUUCUAUGGCACUGUCAUUUCAAUGUACAUGGUUCCUCGGUCGAGCACAUCUUCAAAUCGUGACAAACAGAUUGCUGUGUUUUACAUCAUGGUCACCCCUCUGCUCAACCCAAUUAUUUACACCCUGCGGAACAAGGAUGUCCACGGAGCAGUAAGCAAAGUGCUGUGGAGACGAAACCUUGGAGGAAAAAGCUGA